GUAGAGGUCUAUUAAAAACUGAUAAAAUUCCAGGAUUUCUAGAUUUUCCGGUUCCUACAGGACCCCAUACAAUCACACAUCUGUACACAUCUGAACAACAAUAGGCUCUCUGGCCAGUUGGGCCCCCACAUCCAAAAACAAUUCCUGGGUGUAGGUGUCGAGCUCUUGGGUCAGGAAUUUUGGGCAAAGCUCCUACCCCUAGGGUACAGCCAGUCUACCCAUGGGACUCCAAACUUCCCUGCUUAGAGGCAAGACCACCUCAUUUACAAGGUGCCUUAUCCUCACAAGUUCAGUCCCAGAGAAAAAUGUAACCCAACUGCAACACAGGCAAUACAUCUCAACAGGUCCGUCAGUCUCUUGUGCAACAACCGAAGCUAAAGAUGAAGCGCCACAGAGAGAAAUAGAGGUCACAACAGUAAGACAUGCAGAUAUUUGCUGCUUCAGUCUCAAUAGCAACAUCAGCAGCAGCAGCAGUAGCAAAAGCAGCAACAAUACCCACAAUUCAACAAUCAACAGUGCCAUUGCUGAGCUCUUUCAAAUGUCAAGGAUCACCCAAAACCACUCGGUGCCAAGCAAUGAAAUUAUCAGCUGCCACCUUGACUUGACCACUGUACACACCUGGGAGUCAGGUUUAAGGUCACAUCAGCUUAAAUGUUCACGGCAGUAAGAAAAUGUAAGAUCUUAAAGGGACUUGUUCACAGAUUGUGUGGGUAAGUUGACAGACCUCAUUGGCAUUACUAAAAAAAUGGCAACAAUUUUAAAUGAAUAAACAUAUUACUACAACUUAUACCAAUAUAUUGCGGUACAUAGUGUAUAGUAUCGCAAUAUGCUUUUACUGCCUUGAAUACAAAUAUAAAUUACCCCAGUUUGGAAUCCAAAUAAAGGCAGUUUUUUUUAUUUUACGUCCUUAAU